ACAGCCGACGUGCAUUACAGCGUUGAUCCGGACAGACUCGACCUGUUAGGAGGCUAGUCGAGGCCCGUUCCGAUGGGCUGUUUUUCCUUGAUAUUUAUGACGCAUUGAAUCGGCUGAUCUCAACCGGAUCAGAUGUGCGGUCAAUAACGCUGACGCUAUCGGUGCACCAGAGUGGACAUUGUAAAAAAAGCGCUUCCAAACAGACUUUAAAAGCACACAAAGUCGUCAGGAAGCUAGCGAUGAAAAAGCAAAACGACGGGCCUAUGCUAUAUUUUUGAGCAGAUUCGCGUAGUCAUUUACGGAUGAUGUUAAAUCGUCCCGUUGGAAAGCCCAUUUUAGACCCCGAAACGCCGGGAAGUGAGCCUAAAUAAAUAAACAAAUACAAUAAAGACAGCGUUUGUAAUCCUCUUGUCUCUUUCUCUUUAGGAUUGAGGAUAAAAGCAUUGUUGCUUGUCCCUGUCGCUGUGCAAAGCUAAAGGACCCUCCUCGCUUCUGCAGCACGAGUGACGGACAGCCUCAACAUGCAGGUUUUUUAACCCCUUGCUGUUUUUAUAAAACUCUCCUUCGUUUUUUUUUUGGUUUUGUUUUGUUUUUUUCACGGGAAGGAUCUACCGAAGAGAACUUGGGACAAAGAAAAAAAUUCAAGACGGAUACAUCUUUAUAAAAUGGAGACUCUGGAAUCUUAAAAGCCACAGAGAAAAAACAUAUUUUGAUAUUUGAAAGGAGAGAGGGGGGAAAAAAACAGAAAUUUCUCUUUGUUUUAUUUUUUCUGGUUUUCUACUCACACCAACAAGUUUGAAAAAUUCAGAUUCCCUCGCAGAAGCCAAACUGGAUAGCAUUCAAACAGAAGAGAGAGAGGACAAAGUGGGAAUUGACUACCUGCCUUGAACGCAGAAAGGCAGACAGAAGGAUAAUGCUGUAGAGACAGCAAAUACCGCCCCCCCCCCCCCUAAAAAAUAUAUAUCUAGAAGACACUUCCCUUUUCCAGAACCCCCUCAAAAAAUGUCUCUGAAAAUCUCAGUUCUCCUCUGCCUGGCUCUGCUGCUCCAAACCCUGCCCCCUUCCAGGGGGGACUGCUGGCUCAUCGAGGGCGACAAGGGCUACGUCUGGCUGGCCAUCUGCAGCCAAAACCAGCCUCCUUACGAGACCAUCCCCCAGCACAUCAACAGCACGGUCCACGACCUGCGGCUGGACUCCAACAAGCUUAAAGCGGUCUACUUCAACUCCCUGAGCCGCUUCGGCAACCUGACCGACCUCAACCUGACCAAGAACGAGAUCUCCUACAUCGAGGAAGGGGCUUUCUCCGGGCAGCUCAACCUGCAGGUCCUGCAGCUGGGCUACAACAAGCUGACCAAUCUGACCGAGGCCAUGCUCAGAGGCCUGGGCCGUCUGCAGUACCUCUUCGUCCAGCACAACCUCCUCGAGGCCGUCUCCCCCAGCGCCUUCUGGGAGUGCCCGAACCUCAUCACCCUGGACCUCUCCUCCAACAAGCUGGCCAGGCUCGACCCUUCCGCCUUCGCGGGACUCGGCCGCCUCAUGGUGUGCGAGCUGGCCGGGAAUCCCUUCCACUGUGAGUGCCAGCUGUACAGCUUCCUGACCUGGCUGGAGUCCUUCAACAACCUGACCCACAAUUACGACCGGCUCCAGUGCGAGUCGCCCCGGGAGUUCGCCGGUUACCCCCUCCUCAGCCCCCGUUCGGGGGGUCGCAGCGCCAUGACCGUCCUGGGGGCCGUCUGCAAGGACGGCAUCCCGGCGGCGGGGGUCCCCACUCUCUCGCCAGAAGACAGGAUGGGGAUCUACGAGACAUCAGGAGGGGGCGGGAUGGAGGACCUAGAUUUCUUGGAGCCCACGCCGCUGCCGGGCUCCGACCCGUCCUACAGCCCCAGCAUCCGGCUCCAGCAGGUCACCUUCACCAUGGCGACGCUGGUGGUCAAGAUCCCCUCUCCCUUCAGCAAGAUGUACAUCUUGGUCCAGUACAACAGCACCUACGUCUCGGACGUCAUGAACCUCCGCAACAGGAAGGAGAUCAUUAUCUUGGACAAGCUCAAACCGCGCACCGACUACACCUUCUGUGUGGCGUCCAUCCGAAACUCCCAGAGGUACAACCACACCUGCCUCUCCUUCUCCACCCGGGACCGCGGCCCUGACGACCGCCUCCACAGCGCCUCCACCACCACCCAUUACAUCAUGACCAUCCUGGGCUGCCUGUUUGGGAUGGUCCUCAUCCUGGGGCUGGUUUACUACUGCCUGCGCAAGAGACGCCUGCAGGAGGAGAAGAAGAAAUCGGUCAGCGUCAAGAAGACCAUCCUGGAGAUGAGGUACGGGCCGGAGGCGGCCGCCAGCGUCAUCUCCAGCCAGGCCAGCUCUAUAGUCCAGAAGCUGAACCAGCAGCACCACCACCACCACCACCACCACCAACCCAAGCUGGCUUCCCCAGCCGCCUCUCGCUUGUCUUCCAUCCCGCAGGCUGAGAAGAUGGCAGCGGCGUUCUCCGAGGCUUUGUCCGCCGCUAAGGGAAACUACAUGGACGUCCGGACGGAGGACUUGGAAGGAGUGCCGGCCAAGGAGAAGGAGGAUCUGGAUUCCCAAGGCCGGGAUGCGGGGUUGGAAACGGGGGAGGAUUCGGACGAGGGUUCGGCUUCGGAGAUCUCCACCAUCGCCAAGGAGGUCGACAAAGUCAACCAGAUCAUCAACAACUGCAUCGACGCCCUGAAGCUGGACACGGCCCAGUGCGGGCUCGCCUCCACCCCUUCCAAAAACGCCCCCAUAAUGCUGCCCCCUCCCGCCCCGCUGGGGCUGCCGGAGAGAGCCGGGAUCGGAGGCGGGGGGUUCCUCUCCCCGCCUUGCCGGGAAGCCAGCCGCCCGCUGCAGAGGCAGCUGUCUGCCGACGCCGCGGUGGUGGGGAGGAAUCGCUGCAGCGUCUCGUCAGGCGGCUCCACCAAAAGCGCCAGAGUCUUCAGCCUGGAGAUCCCGGAGCGCAGCCCCGAAUCCAAAGGCAGCCUGACUGGGGAGCCCGUAGAAAAGCUCCCUCUGAUGGGAGCGUCUUCCGGAGGCGGGCAGCACUUGGAGGUGCGCCCGGCGUUCCACUGCUCCGAACAUCGCCACUCCUUCCCCGCGCUCUUCUACGAAGGACCCUCCGACUCGCCUGCCCAAAGACCCUCCUUCCUGAAGCCCCUGAGCCUCUCCAGGAGAGAUGCCGCCUCUUACUCCCAGCUCUCCCCCUCCUCCCGGAACAACUACUCUGGCUACUCCUCCAGCCCGGAGUACUCCUCCGAGAACACCCUGAGAAUCUGGGAGAGGUUCCGCCCAUACCGGAAGAGCCCCAAGGAAGAAGCGGCUGCCUACGUGACGGCCGGCCACGCGCUACGGAAGAAGGUUCAGUUCGCAAAAGACGAGGACCUCCACGACAUCCUGGACUACUGGAAGGGAGUGUCGGCGCAGCAGAAUCUGUGAUCCUCGUGAGAGGCGAGCAGAAAGGGGGGAGGGGGGGGUGAAUUAAAAUGUCUGCAGAUACCGCCCACUCACUUUUUAUAGGACCAAUUCCUAAUACCUAGCACCGGGUUCUGAUCGCGGCUCCACAAGGCGCUGGAAGGCGCCUGUUGUUCAUAUUCAGCGCGGAGAGACAGGCAGAGGGUCGCGAUGGCCAAUCGUUCAGACAGUGAGGUUCGGAUCCCCCCGCGGCGACCGUGGUAGAAGCCGCUAUCGUUCUGGCACGGCGGACUAGGGGGGGGCCGUCAGGGUUCAGAUGCGGAAGCAAACUGUUUGCCUUCCAGAGCGCUGGAGGGACCCAGGGUGCGCCAGGAGAACACGCCCCCACACCGGGGAGAUACCAACCCCGACCGGGUUCCUAAUAAAGUGGCCAGGCAAUGUAUUCAUAGACGGCGGGGUCCUACAGAUUUGAGGCAAGGAUCAAACCAGAACCAAAUUUUACACAAAGCCCUCAGCAUUACUGGAUCCAGCGUGGAAUUAAGAAAGGGUAUAUCCAGCUAGAUAGCCCUGUGAGAGUUCAAUGUCAGAAUCCCCAGUUAACCCAGCCUAUUGCUCACACUGCCGUGCUUGGACUGGAGACUGCAUGAAGCAGUUGUAGCUGACAGCAUGACACCCUGUUCGCCAGGCUUAGGGUUCCUCAGAGCCAAGGAAAGGCAGAUUUAAAAUGAGGAGAUUAACAGAACCACUCAGACUGAUUGCAAAACACAAUCCAACACUAGAGCAAAAUUUUACUAAGUGAGCUUAACCUCUCAGUGCUUUACAGUGCUUCCCUGUGCUUUACAAGGCUUCCCUAUGCUUUACAAUGCUUCUCUAUGCUUUA